GACCUUUGGCAAAUCAAUAUUUGAAGUCUGGUUAACCAUCAGUCCAUCAGCUGCCCCACCGUCCUCCAUUUUACCUGAAACACGCACUAAGCAUGCUCACAGGAGACCUGAUAUUGAUGUAAUACAUCUCUACCGAGGGACGCAAUGACAUCAUCAACCCUAUCCUGGACGCUUGCCUGUCUAAUCACCUGCUCUGCUCUGGUCCAGUGUACAGUGUUUCUGGAUCAGUCCUCUGCAGAUCAGAUCCUCUCGGCCUCCAGGAGGCGCCGAGCAAACUCGCUCUUCCUGGAGGAGAUGUUACCUGGAGACCUGGAGCGAGAGUGUUACGAGGAGACAUGCUCACAGGAGGAGGCCGCCGAGAUCUUUCAGACCAGAGAGAAGACGAUGGAGUUCUGGUACAAAUACAUCAACCUGAAUCCAUGUAGAACCAAUCCAUGUCUAAAUGGAGGAAUGUGUACUCUGGACAGAGGAGACUUCAGCUGUCUGUGUCCACCACAGUACCGCGGCAAGAUCUGUGACUCAGUUGUGAAAGAGUGUGGCUAUAGAAACGGUGGCUGUAUGCAGUAUUGCAUGGACCUGUUAGGUGGAGUCGGAGUUCAGUGUGGUUGUGCUGAUGGAUUUAACCUGGAACCUGAUGGAUUCAGCUGCUCAAAGACCAUGGCGUUCCCAUGUGGUCAGCAGUACGAUGAGCUGAUUUAUGGGGGUCGUUCUCUCUGGAAUCUCUCUGAGAUGGUCAAUGUCACUAUGGAGAUGGAUGCCAUGUUGGAUGAAAAUAUUACAGAUAGUCUGGUUCUUCCUGUCAACAUGACAGAGUCAGAGGAGAGGUCAGUGAACGCAUGGUAUGUUCAGAGAGGGGAUAACACCACUGAACCAUGGGUAAAGGAGGGGGGAGGAGAGGAUGGGUCCUGGACUCGUAUAGUUGGUGGAGUCCUGGAGACAAAAGGAGGAAGUCCCUGGCAGGUUCUAGUCCGCAGGUCUGAUGGCUACGGUUUCUGUGGAGGGACUCUGGUCUCUGAACGCUGGGUGGUUACUGCUGCUCACUGCAUGGAACAGCCCGCAGACCACGUCACUGUAGGAGACUUUGAUAAGCGGCGCCCUGAUCCAGGUGAGCAGCUCAUUAAGGUUCAGAAGGUCUUCAUUCACCCUCACUUCCACUCGUUCACCUUCGACAGUGACAUUGCUCUGCUGUACCUGGCCCAGCCUGUCAUCAGGGGCCCCACUGCCAUCCCUGCCUGCCUGCCUGACCCUCACCUGUCCAAAUACCUGGUGCAGGAGGGUAACCGUGGUGUGGUGACGGGCUGGGGCCUUACUCGAUACUUGGGCAGGUCCUCCAGGUUUCUCAGGAAGGUGACACUUCCUGUGGUCAGCUACAAAGACUGCAGCGCAACCACAGAGCAGGUGAUCACAGAUAACAUGUUCUGUGCAGGUUACCUGCAGACCAGCAUGGACGCCUGCAGCGGGGACAGUGGGGGACCAUUUGUGGUGCACUACAGAGGGACCUGGUUCCUGACCGGGGUGGUCAGCUGGGGGGAGAGGUGUGCCGCCAAAGGCAAAUAUGGAGUCUACACCCGACUAGGGAACUUCCUCCACUGGAUCCAAGACACCAUGGAGAGAAAGGAUCUGAACAUUACAGACAGCUGAGAGCGAGCUGACAGAAGCACCCGAGCCCAGAACAGUUUGAGAGCAGAGACCUGAUCCUUGUCUGUGGUUGAAUCAGAGCUGAGCUCCUGCUGAAAACAUCGUAGAAACAUUGUUUUCUUCCUUAUUAUAGUCACAUUAAACUGCUGAAAAUCAUUUUAUCUUUGUAAUAAAACUCUGAUUAAAGAUUA